UCAGAGUCGGAAUUUGACCUCGAUCAAGGUCUGAUCAAGGGAACUACCAGUUUGCAGGCUUGCAGUAGCUAGUGAAUAUAUAACCUUAAAUCGGUCUCCUCAAAAGCCUGGGGAUCUCGAAGGACCCGCAACCUGGAAACCUUCGCAACCCCGCAACUUCGACUUCCAGCAAGACGUACCGAUAGAACGUACCAUGUCCACCUCCACCCCCACCUCCACGACCGCCAUCAUCCCCACCCGAACCGAUCCCAUCAUAUCCACCCCGACCCACCUCGUCCGCCCUCUCACCCUGCAAGACCUUCCCUCCCUGACCUCUUCCCUGAACGACCACUCCAUAACGAGAUGGAUGACCGACCGGGUUCCUUUCCCCUACACCAUCUCAUCCGCUAGAGAUUUCUACGAUUUUCUUCGGACGCAAGACCCGUUGACGAGCUAUAGCAUCGUCGACCGGGAGAGCGGGAACGUGGUCGGCGGGCUCGGCCUCAAAACGACCCCUUCAGACAUCCACCGCCGGACCGUAGAACUCGGCUAUUGGCUCUCUUCCUCCUCCCAGGGCCAAGGCGUCAUGUCCACCCUAGUCCCUCUCUUCCUACAUUGGACUUUCCAGACCUUCCCCUCUGAGUUGGUGAACAGGGUCGAAGCUCACGUAUAUUCCGGAAACCGGUCUAGUAUGCGCGUACUCCAAAAGUGCGGGUUUAGGGAAGAAGGCGUUUUACGGGGAAAGGUCUGGAAGGAGGGGAAGGUGUUGGAUUUGCAUGUUUGGGGGUUGUUGAGGGAAGAGUACGAGGUUGAAGGCGGGGUUGGUGAGGCGGAGGUCCGCUGAAGCGGGGAGUCGGGAGUGAGAAGGAGAGGGGAGAUGAAACGGAGAAUAGAGGCGGGGGAGGGGGGAAGAAGAGGGAUUGCUUUCUACGGGGAUCGACUCGACCUCGACGAUACCGAGGACGAUAAUCAUGACAAAUAAAUGUCAAAAUGACGACAAGCAAACACGGCGAACGGCACCCUCUCGCUUUGAUGAUGAUGAUCAGAAUCACAGUGCUGCUGGGAGACACGAAAGACCCGAUCCUAUUAUGUCCAAUGAUACAGAUGGUUAUGGUUUGACUUCCCGUCCCACUCCGAAUAA